AUGGCUCCGACAAGUUGCAUCGCCUUUGUGGCGAUGUCAUUCCUCCUCUCAGGACGUUUCGCAGCAGCUGACUGCGACAUUUCUGGCAACUAUACUAUUAUCGAUUCACCCGACGAUGCCAAAGGAGUUUCCUCUUGCAGCGACAUCGACGGCUCAUUGUCUCUCCUUUUCGAUAGCGACCCAUCCGCAUGGCCAUCCGACAAGGCUUCAGUCGACCUCGGCGACAUCAGCUCUCUCACUGGCGACCUAGUCAUCUACCCUCACAAGCAUUCCAAGAAGACGGUGGUCACGGCAUCCGACCUCAAGACUGUUGAAGGCGAGCUCUCGAUAUGGAACACUGGUUCGGGCAGCACAAUCGACGAGUUCGACCUGUCUUUCAAAGCGCUGGAGGAAGUGGGCAAGAACUAUGUCAUUACUGGAGGAUUCGCCAAGCUCUCGAUUGAGCACGACAAGGACGUGACAGUGGGCUCUAUGAUGAGAGUCACUGACACUCAAGUGGAGGAGCUGGAGUUGAAUGGGAUUCACACCGUGGAUGGCGACUUUUCCAUCGAUGCGAACGGUGAUAUGAAGGAGCUUGUGGCUGGUGCUUUCACGACAGCGAACAAGGGCUUUGCCAUUUCGCAAAACGGUGCUCUGGAGAAGAUUUCCUUCCCCAAGCUCAAGACCGUCAAGGGAGACGUUACCAUCUACAAGAACACCGCGUUCACCAAGAUUAGCCUCUCGGCUCUCGAGUUUGCGGGAACCAUUUCGGUCACCGCCAACGGUGACAAGCCUGUUGUCAUGUUCCCCAGACUUUCGUCUCUCGGAAACGGCAACACUACGGCGACUUCGACGUUUCAAGAUGUGAGCAAGAUUGGGUUUGCGUCGUUGAGCAAGGUCAAGGGUUCUCUCACGUUCCAGUCGACGGCGCUCGAGGACCUCACGAUCCCCCUCAUCAAGAACCUCGAAGGCACCAUCACCGUCGAGGACAACCCGUCUCUGACGACUUUUGCUCUUCCCAGAGUGACUUAUGUGCAGGAGAUGGACAUUACUGGUAACGAUCAGCUCACCAACAUCACGGCCAACGCUCUCAAGACCGCCGGCACCAUCUCGAUCAAGGGCCCCUUCACCAACGUCGAGUUCUUCAACCUGGAAAAGGUCGAGGGCGACUUUAAGGUUUCCGGCGACAAGUCCAUGGACUGCAGCUGGUUUGAUGCGAACAUCAAGAAGAUUGUCGAGGGAAAGUACACAUGCGUUGGAGACCACGAGAAGAAGGAGAGGAAGUCCAGUACCGGAGGCAUUGAGGAUACCGAGGGAAACCCGGAGGAUUAUAUCAACAGCGAGGACAAUGAGGACGACAGCGACGGAAGCAGCAGUGGAAGUGGAAGCGGAAGCGGAAGCGACAAGAGCUCGGGCAAGGAGGGAUCCGACAGCAGCGAAGGAGACUCCGGCAGCAAGGGUGGCCUCUCCACGGGCGCAAAGGCCGGCAUCGCAGUCGGUGUCGUACUAGGAGUCCUCCUAGCCCUCGCCGUAGCCUUCUUCCUCUGGCGCCGACGACGAACAUCCGAAGACCAACAACCACGCCUCGGCAGCAGCUCCAGCAGCGCGACGCGCACAAACCCCUUUGACGGACAGCAGCUGGGCGUGCACACCAAGAUCGAGGCCAACAACCCGAGCCCAUCUCCCAGCCUGGGCACGCUCAACUUUGGGCGCAACUCGCUCAUCGAGUCGACAGGUGGUCUGUCGGAUGCGUGGAAGACGAUCCGACGGGUGAGCGACUCUUCGGGCGGGUCGACGACCAAGGAGGGGGCGAGCAUCCUCAAGGAGUGA